UUCUACUUCUAUAAAAACCCCCCACUUUCUCUAUCUUCCCAUCCACUAUCAACCCAUCUCUCUUUAUUAGUCUCCAUUAAAAGAAUGGAUGUUAAAGCAAGGAGUAGUAGUGGUCCAAACAUGGUAAGUACUGAAGAAGAGGACUUGAAAAGAGGUCCUUGGACUAUUGAAGAAGAUUUUAAACUCAUCAACUAUAUUUCCAUUCAUGGCAAAGGUCGAUGGAACUCUCUUGCUCAUUCUGCAGGUCUUAAACGAACUGGAAAAAGUUGUAGGUUGAGAUGGUUGAAUUAUCUUCGGCCUGAUGUCCGACGUGGGAACAUCACACUUGAGGAACAACUUUUGAUUCUUCAACUUCACUCGCGAUGGGGAAAUCGAUGGUCCAAAAUCGCCCAAUACUUGCCCGGAAGAACCGACAAUGAGAUCAAGAACUACUGGAGAACUCGUGUCCAAAAACAUGCCAAACAACUCAAAUGUGACGUCAACAGCAAAGAAUUCAAGGACACCAUGCGUUACCUAUGGAUGCCUAGGUUAGUUGAAAGGAUUCAAGCUGCCACCACCACCACUGACACCGCGUCCGCUUCAGCUGCCACGACGAGCAAUGCGAGCAUUGAGCAAAUGUUGUUGCCUAAUUUGAGUUAUUACACUCUAGAUAACGUUAGCACUGCUGCCUCAUCGGACUCUAUCGGGACUCAAGUUUCACCAAUUUCAGAUUCAACUGAUUAUUACAACGGUGUCUUGGCUAAUUAUAACCCAAAUCAGGAUUAUUUCCAAGCUAACCAUGAAUCCUUAAUAAGUCCCAUUGGGAAUUAUUGCAACAAUGGCGAUGGCAUGGAUUUUGGGUUGAUAGAAUUGAACCACCAUUGGGUAGGUGAUGGUGAUGGUGAUGGAUUGCAUAAUUUAUUGAACGCUGAAGAUUUUUUCUUCUUACAGCACCAGUUCAACUUUAACAUGUGAAAUGCAAAUAUGUAUCUUCAAAAUUAGAUUGAAAAUGGGAGAAAUGGAACUUAAUUGUAGAGGGACCAAAAAAAAUAUUCACAUUAAUGUUUUAGAACAUAUAUAGAUUUUGUCUUAGUUGAACUUGUACGAAAAAAAAAAGAUUGUCUUUCUA